CUCCCGGAAUCAAAGGCAUUGUGUGCGUUCGAAGUUUUAGUGAGGAUAGGUCGCGAUUUACUGAGUCGUUUAACUGGACCAGAGAACUUGGAAAAUAGGAGAGUUGAAGCGGUUCAGUUCGUGGGCUGGCUGAAGGAUUGCUUUGUGCACCACUGGGCACAUCUGGAUAACAAGCAGAAAGAACAAGUUGUUGACCUAUGGGCGGCUUUGGGCUUUGAAGUGCCACCUGGAAUGAAAGCAUCUGCAGAAGCGAAGAUGAAGCGUUUGGAUUUGAAGAUGAACAUGGUUUAUUAUCAACUGGAGUACGGCGGAGAGUUGAUCGACAUUCAAUCAGAUCCCAGGAAAGACGACCGUGUUACCGGUUUCUCUCCGGAUGCAUGGCAAAGGCGAAUGCUAGACUCGGUGGAUCGCGGCAACUCAGCUGUAAUUGUUGCACCCACGUCAGCCGGUAAAACUUUCGUGUCGUAUUACUGCAUUGAGAAGGUUUUACGAAAUAGCGACGAUGAUGUUGUUGUUUACGUAUCGCCUUCUAAAGCUCUUAUAAAUCAGGUUUGCGGCUCAGUGUAUGCUCGUUUCCGGAACAAGAGUAUGACACGAGGAAAAUCACUGUUUGGAACAUUGAAUCCUGAGCAUUCUCUCAAUCCGUUGGCAUGUCAGGUUUUGGUGACAGUGCCUGAGUCAUUAGAAGCGCUCAUGUUAUCCACUAAUCCAAAAGUGCAGGAAUUCGUUUCACAUAUUAAAUAUGUUGUGUUUGACGAGGUGCACUCAAUUGGUGCAUCGCCUGAGGCACAUAUAUGGGAACAUUUGCUUCUUCUAAUACAGUGCCCAUUCCUUGCGCUAUCAGCUACAAUUGGAAACGCAGCGAAAUUGCAUGCGUGGUUAGACAAUGCUGAGCAGAACAAGACAGAUCGCAAACGGAAGGUGACCUACUUGAUCGUUUGGCCUUACUUUUGUAUAUAUUAUUAA